UACUUUCUAAGAGCAACAAGAUAGCCUUGAGAAAAUGAUGAAGCAGCUCUCUUCUUUUCUGCUUCUGCUGGCUUUGUUGCAUCUCUGCACCAGAACUUCUGGCCAGUCAAGCCCUUCAGGUGCCUCUGACGUCACUUCAGUUCUCCGAAAGUCUGGUAAGUUUACUACCUUCAUAGGGCUACUAAAGAGCACCCAGAUGGAUGAACCAAUCAAUAGCCAACUCCAGAAAACAUCAAGCCAGGGCUUCACCGUAUUUGCGCCAACCGAUAGUGCCUUUUCAGACCUCCAAACAGGUACCCUGAACUCAUUCACUGAUGAGCAGAAGGUCAAACUGGCGCAAUUUCAUAUCAUACCUACUUUCCUUGCCAUCUCACAGUUCCAAACUGUGAGCAACCCAGUGCGCACAGAAGCGGGUAAUGAUGCCGUGGAUUUUCCACUGAAUGUCGUAAGCAACGGAACUCAGGUGAACAUAACUACAGGGCUUGUGAAUACAACAGUGGACAGCACAGUAUACAGUGAUGGUCAGCUUGCUGUGUAUGAGAUCGGCGAUGUACUCCUUUCACCAGGUAUCCUCGGGACUGGAGCACCAGCACCAGCUCCUCUACCCCCUAAGGCUAAGAAGGCUUCUCCCCCUAAUUCACAGGCUCCUUCAAGGUCAACCACCGCUUCUGUUGAUUCUUCUGGUGCCACGGGUCUGCCCCAUUAUGCACCAAUGGUGGCGUCCACUGGAGUGGCUGUUCUUGCAGCAUUGUCCUUAUGCUUAUGAACCGAGUGUUGAAUCUGUUGAUUGAGGAACGAUGAUGAUGUGAUCUUGUGUGCAUGAGUGUGACUAAUCAAAUCUUUGCCUU